AAAGUCAUGGUAAAGACGUCGUGACAUUAACUCCAAUACUGGAAGAGACUACACCCAAUCAAUUUGUUUUGGAACUCCACGAAGCACUGGAGAAAUUCGAAGAAAACUUGAUAGAAGAAGCCACAUGGAGCGUUCUCCAUAGUAAAGACUCAAAUAUCUCUAAAGAAAUUCAAACAACUACCGCGUCUUCUGUUACUUCUACAGAACAUAACACCCAACUUCCAACGUUAGAUGAUUUGAUAAAAUCUUUAAACAAGACGUCAACCAAUACCUCAGCAGAGCCACAGCCUUAUAACGCUCAAAGGCAUAAACCAGUCGAAGACGACUGUAUCAAAAGCUUGGAUGACUUAUUGAAGAGAAUUCCCGCAUUUAGAGCAGACCAUGACGAAAACCCCAGUUGCAACGAGACCACGUCCGCAACGUUGGGAAAACCGUUGAAUGACCAACCAGAGAUAAGCAAGUUUAAAAAACAAAACUUGAAAUACAAUCCAGAUGAGCAUCGGCCGAAAACGGAUGAAUGCAUCAAAACCUUGGAUGAUCUGCUGGCAGCGGUUGACAUGGAACGAGGUGGCAUGAAAAAAUCAAAAGAAUGUAAAACUACUUCCUCGAAAACAGAAUCAGACCAGCAACGAUCCGCGUUUCCGGAUUCAAUAGUGGACACACUUUUCGAAGAAUAUGGAAGACCUCCACCUCCUUUCCACGAGGAUCAAUUGGAUCAGCCAAAACUUCCCGUUGAAGUGCACGAUUUCAUUAUGGGCAGAUCCCGCAACAGGGACCAAUUCAAUCAUGACCUACCCGCCCCCAUAGAAUCAACAGAUUCGCGAACCUUCAAAUACUCACCCCAGCCAACGGUAGCCGCUAGUGGACCGUUCCUCAAUCUCUGUGAUCAACUGAGAAGUCAGCAGAAUCCAACGCCCGUCAAAACUCUCACCAGCAAUCAGCAGCACUUCCAGGCACAGCAGUUUGGCGCACUCGGCCAAACCAGCAUUCCUAUUACCGGUGAAUCGCACAAGGCCACAUCCCAGGUCCUGCUGAACUCCGCUUACGGAGGCUUCAACCCGAACCACUUUUGCUUCUACCAGGUUCCGCCAACAUAUGGAGCCAUGCGUCCGGUCUAUGCUGGAGGUCAAAGCUACCCAGCAGGUGUGAUGAAUGUUCCAGUUAACAUCCAUAACCUUCCUGGGAGAAGAACAGGAGAUGAUGCAGAUCUUGACGGUGCUCAACUGCUUUGUAGUCUUGUGGUUCCACCUUCGACUGAAAAAUCGGCGUUAGGCAAUGAUUCCGUUGCUCUGAAGGCGACCCAAGAUCUCGAUGAUGUUUCAAUGAUGACCGGCGCCAGGGCACGUGGCCAUCACCGACACUGCCCACGGGGCAAGGUUCCUUGUGCGGAUGGUGUCCAGUGCGUUCUGAGUUCGCAUCUGUGCGACUCUCGAGUGGAUUGUUUCGAUGGAAGCGAUGAAACGCAUUGCUCUUGCCUGUCACGAUUACCGGAGAUAAGACGCUGCGACGGUUACGUGGACUGUCCACUCGGAGAAGAUGAAAUCGGCUGUUUCAGUUGCGACAAGUUCUCUUUCUCGUGUUUCAACACGUUCUUCGAGUUCCAGGCAUCGCAUCAUUCCGAAACAAAAUGCUUCACGUUGAUCGAGAAGUGCGACGGUUUCAGUAACUGUUUGAAUGGGAAGGACGAACAAGAUUGUACGAUGUUGGUGCGAGACCUGAGGAGCCCGUUGGCGUUCACGGUUGGCCACUCGGUGGGAAUACUGCAUCGGAAUUAUAAGGGCAAGUGGUAUCCGGUAUGCCAUAACCCAUUAUCGUUGGCGAAAGAGGCCUGUGAAGCGGAAUUGGGGCCAUCGCAUCGAGAUCCGGUGAUUGUGCAGCAUCAUGGGGAUCUUCCGGGGCCGUUUAUCCAACCAAAUUUGCGAAGUCAUCACGUGUUUCAACCGGAGUUCACGGAUACCUGUAAUGGACUGAUCAACUAUGUCAAAUGCCCACCACCAAAGUGUGGAUCGACGAAGCAGAGCGAGAUGGAAAACGUUCGUAUCAAAAUAAGGGGUAAAAGAAAUGCUUCGGAGAUUUUGCAGAUCGUAGGUGGGACGAAAGCCGAAUCUGGCGCGUAUCCGUUUAUUGUCGGCAUUUUCAGAGAUGGGAAGUUCCACUGUGGUAGCAGCAUCUUCAAUGAACAUUGGAUCAUCACGGCAGCUCACUGUUGCGACAAUUUCCAUAGACACCAUUAUGAACUGAGGGCGGGUCUACUUCGAAGGCGAAGUUUUUCACCACAUGUUCAGAUUUCAACAGCAACACAUGUUCUAAUUCAUCAUGGAUACAGUCCUCAAAAGAUGAUCAACGACAUCGCACUGAUGCAUUCGGACAGGCCUUUCCAGUACAAUCGGUGGGUAAGACCGAUUUGUCUACCGGAGCGGCACAUGACUACAAACGAUCGGGACUGGAUUUGGGGUCCGAAGCCGGGAACGAUGUGCACAGCUAUAGGUUGGGGAGCACUCGUAGAGCAUGGCGGAUCGCCGGAUCAUUUGAUGCAUGUAACAGUACCGAUCUUGCCAUUCUGCAAACACAAAAAUGAUCGUGAUGGACUGGGCAUUUGUGCAGCAGAAAUGGGCGGAGGGCACGAUGCCUGCCAAGGCGAUUCGGGUGGACCGUUUGUAUGCGUCAGCGUAAGCAGUCCUCAUGAAUGGUACCUAGCUGGCGUGGUCAGUCACGGAGAAGGCUGUGCCAGACCUAACGAGCCUGGGGUCUACACUAGAGUUGCGCUUUUCAAUGAAUGGAUAAUCAAGAAGACGAGUGAAAUGUUGCCACCUUCCAACACUCGUCUGACAUGUCCCGGUUUUCAGUGUUCAUUUGGGGUGUCUUACUGCAUAGCAAAAAAGAAACGAUGCAACGGAAAAGUUGACUGUCUAGGAGGGGAAGACGAAUUGAAUUGUUCCCUGGAUCAACUGCUUGCUGAAUCCGUCAAAGAAACUUCAACAGUAAUAAGUCUAGCAAACAGAACCACAACUAGUUCGACCUCAACUGCUGUCACAGGAACUACAACUCCAAAGAUCGAUUUUCUUGCAGAAACCUCUGAUCAAUCCAGUACUACUCCAUACGUUACUCGUCCAACUACAAGUACUGCGCCUACUGAAGAAACAGUUCAAACAACGCCUAGAACAGACGCUGGUACUCUGAACGUGACUCAUUUACGCAAAAUUACUGAAGCUUAUACAACCGAACACACCACUGCCGCAAAUAUGACAACACGCGCCUCAGACGAGAACUCCUCUUCAUCCGAGGAAAAUGAAGAAACAACUACGACGAUUACUCAAACUGUAACGUCAGCAAUGGAUGCAAACAUUAGCAACUCAACGACCGAAUCUGUUACUACAUCUGUCAGUACGACAACGUCAAGUACAUCAACUUCUACAAUAUCGGAAAUUAAAUUUUCCACUCUAAAUUACAGUGCUGCAAUAUCCACGGAGCAGACAACAAGUUCUCCUACAGUUGACUAUGCCACAAUUACAACUAAUCAUACAUCAUAUUCCAUCAGUUCUACCGAAUCUUCAGAUGUUAUAUCUUCAACAGAACACUAUUUAAAAGUGGAUUAUAGUGCGGUAAUAGAGCCCACUACUGAAACUACUCUCCAUACAAGCCAAUCUGAAAUAGAGGUUACAUCUGCAACAAGCGAGAUAUUGUCAGAUAAACCCAAUGCAACUGUCCUGAGUACCUCUACAAUGUCUUCCGUAGUAGAUAACAAUGCUACAACAGUCAACUCUUAUGAGGCUGACAAAACUUCCGAGAGCAGAUACUUAGAAAGUUCCACUACCGAAACCAGUGUGUCAUUUACCACAGACUCCAUUUCAUCGACUACCAAUCAGUCGGACUAUUUCUACAAUUCAACCACCAAAAUGUCGAUGAGCUCCAAUUCGCCAAAUACGAGUCGCGAUUCUGCAUCGGAUGACUUGGUCGGAAGUUCACCGACAGAAAGCCCUCCAGAUCCUUCCAGUACUACAACUGACUCCACCAGCUCUACAACAGCUGCUCAUCGAGACUUAGAGCACAGCGAAACCCAAAUCGAAACCAUCGAGACUAAAGCUGUGCACACCACAACCGAUGAGCAUCCGUUCCUGAGCGAAAUUCACCAACUGGUCGAGAAGAAGAACAGUCGACUGAAACAGUUCCGACUGUCCAUGCAUUAUCUGCACACAUCGCUGAAGAACCAAACGACGGCAACGAAUGAAACCGUCUUCCGAAACAAGCGUUUUGUUUGUUCCAAAAUACAUCAAUCGAUCAACAUUGCGCACUACUGCGAUCGCAUCAUCGACUGCGAAGAUGGCACCGACGAACAACGGUGCACGUGUCGAGAUUAUCUGACCGAUAAGUACGACUUCCUGAUUUGCGAUGGCAAGACGGACUGUUUGGAUUUAACCGACGAGGAGAAUUGCUUUUCGUGCGAAACAGGACAAUAUCCGUGCCGAAUGAGUAAGGUUUGCAUCGAUGAGAGUAAAUUAUGCGACACGAUACCGGAUUGCCCACUCCACGAAGACGAACUUGACUGUCUUGCCCUUACCGACGGAAACAAGGUCUACUUUGAUGCGAACAAUCUCACAGAAUUUAAAUACGAAGGAUUGGCCACCAAAAAUACCAACGGAACAUGGAAUUUGAUUUGUGGAAUGCAAGUCGACAACAAAUCAGUGGAAUCAAUUGGAAAAAUAUGUUCGUUCUUAGGGUUUGCUGGUUAUCGAAGCUACUAUCAAACCGUGUUUGAGCCGUUGAAAAACGAUACAGUCGAUUUGGAACAUCAGCCUCUACUGAUCAUGUCCUACAGGAACAUAUCUUCGGAGCCACAAUGCAAGGCAUUGCACAUCGCCUGCGUUCCGUUCAUCAAUGCCACCGAGCACGAAAUUAGUCACUACGAGAAUCAACACAAGGAGAAACCAGUGCAGGUUAACAUCCGUCCCGUCAACCCAAUAGAUACAAUGAGUACCAAACCGCACAUCACCUUCCAUGAAAACGACCACAUUGAGUUCAUUGAAAAUUUCGGCGAUGACUACGAUUGGCCCUGGAAUGCCGACAUCUACUUGGAAGGAGUGUUCUUGUGCAGUGCCAUCAUAAUCGACGUUAACUGGAUUGUGGUCGAUAGUUCCUGCAUGAGACUGAUCAACCUGAAGAACGAUUACCUUUCGGUGGUUACCGGGGGAGCCAAGUCCUAUCUGAAGAUAUCGGGACCCUAUGAACAGAUCGUACGGGUGGACUGUUACCACUUUUUACCAGAAGCUCGAGUGGUGAUGCUGCAUCUGGAAAAGAAUUUGACCUACACUCGACAUGUUCUACCGACGUUCAUUCCGGAAAAGAGCCACAACAUCGAAGAUAACCAGUGCUUAGCCGUUGGUCAGGAUAAAUACGGUAGAACACGAACACUGAGGGUCCAUAUAAACAUGACCCACUGUGGUCACCAGCCGGAGAAACACAUCUGUUACCAAUUGGAUCCGAAUAAGGGCACUUACCACGCAGACCAUUGCUACACUGAAGGUGCCACUCGAAGCGGCGUAGUUGUCUGCAAAACGGUCCUCUCCGGAUGGUAUCCUGUCGGUUUCUAUCUGAACAAACACGGACUCUGCGGGUUCAACGAGGUUGUCAAAAUGAUCUCGCUGAAGGAAUUCUACACCGACAUCCAGCAUGUCUUAGGUAACAAACAAUGUGACUACACAUUUCCAGAACCACUUUGCGAUGGCAUGCGAUGCCGAUACGGAAAAUGUAUUGGCCAUUCGUUGGUCUGCGAUAACAAAAUGGACUGUUAUGACAAUUCUGACGAGCGUCCUGAAGCGUGCAAUGCGCGCAACGAUACCUCCACUGCAUGUCUGCCGACACAAUUCCGCUGCGGGGAGCACCAAUGCGUAGACAAAAGUAAGUUCUGUGAUGGAAGAAACGAUUGCGGUGACUUGUCGGAUGAACCACACGAAUGCUCUUGCUACACGUACCUGAAAGUAACCCAACCAUCAACCAUUUGUGACGGAAUUCGCAACUGUUGGGACAAAUCAGACGAAAACCCUCGACUUUGUAAGUGUACGAAUUCAACCUUCCAGUGCGGAGACAGCGAAAUCUGUGUUCCGUAUGAUCACGUUUGCGAUGGAGACAACGAUUGUCCUGGAAAGGAAGAUGAACAGUUUUGCUACGCUCUGCAACAGAAUAAAGCGGAAACCAACUACGGUGAAGUUAUGCAGCAAACGCACGGUAUCUGGCAUUCAAAAUGCUUCCCCAAGAACGACAAGUACGAUAACCAAACGAUCAAGGAAAUUUGUAACCGCAUCGGCUAUCUUCAGGUGCGGAAAGUCUUCGGCAUGAAGAUGCUGCAUGAAUCUCGUCUACGGACGGACAAUCGCACGCACGAUCCCGUCGACCGGUUGCGCAGUGCAGCGACCAAGGCCGUCGUGCUGAACCAGUUCUCCAAGGUGGCCAUCAACGGGAAGCAAAAGUUCUUUAUGAAACCGAGCAGACCACUGUUUACGCUGGUUAACUGGGACGCUGAAGACGAGCAGAACUGCGAUCGGCUUCAGAUUAGCUGUGAAGAAUAAAUUGA